AAUUUGCACAUCGUCACUUUGCAAGUAUAUCACUAAUUCACUCAUACUUAAGAUUUUGAUGUAUGAUAUAAAUUACGCAGCAAAUAAAUAUAAUAUUUCAUCAAGAAAUGGCCAGCAACAAUGGAGAAGAGAUAGCGCAGGAUAAAGAGGAUGUAACAACUGUGCUCGAAGAUAAAUGUUCUUUCAUAGAUGAUGAAACCCAAGAUUCCAUCCUUCAUCUGAGAUCGAAACUUUGCAUUUGUAUAGAAGGGAAGGAAUGGGAAGAAAAAGAUGUGUGUGUUGAUUUUGUCAAGCAUAAAGAGUCUGGGACAGUUAGGCUACUCAUACGCCACUAUCCUUCUCUUCAAGUGAUUGCCAAACAUCCCAUAAUGCCUACAAUGGAAUUGGAGGAAUAUGCUGGGAAACACAAUUCGUGUAAGUGGAAUGCUACUGAUUUUCAAGAUGGGGAGUUGAAGAAUCAGAUUUUUCGCGUCGAAUUUUUUACAACUGAGGACUGGGAAGCAUUCAUUGAAAAUUUUGAAGACGUGAUUGAAACACAAAGCAAAAAAGAAGGAAACAAAAAUGCAAAUGCUGCUGCUGGGUUUCUUGAGAAAGUAGGCGUUGAUGAGACUUAAUCAAAGGAGGCUUUGCGUAGACAUGCAAGCGCCAACAAUUGAACUUUGAGCAUAAAAGCUUUCAAGAAGAGCGAGUCUAAAACCGUGUCUGUUACCUUGUAUUACUUUGCAUUCCUAGUUAUGUAAGGUUUUCUCUGAUACACUCGAGUUUUUCAAUUUUCACCGUAAACACCUUUUUACCAUGCAAGGUUUGAUAGCUAAUCGAGUGUCUUUAAUUUAUCUUAUCUGAAUUGAACUUAUCUCAUUCGAAUUUA